ACAGAUUCUCGAAUCGAAUGAUUUAUAGAGCUCAUGAUUUAAAUUUCGACCUUUGAAUACAUACCUAACCUUACAUACCCUACAUACAUGUAGGUAUCAUUUUGCGUGAAUUCUUUCAACUUGUAUAUUUAUUCCUCUACCUACUUGUUCUUGUCAGGUAUCUUUGAACAACCACCAAGUUAAAUCAUCAUCAUCAUCAUGAUUAAAACAUCAAGAGCACCAUUUGUGUGUUUUCAAUGUCGUUUAAUUCGACCUCGAAGGACAUUGCGACUCUUUCGCAAUCCCCCGACCGCAUGCCCAUUCUCCAGCUCCAGUACUAAGUUUAGCUCUCAUACCACCUCUGACAGCAGUAAUACCACAUUUUCUGACAUCCCCAUCACACCUCGUCCGACAAAGGCACCGAAGCCAAAUGUAGACAUCAAACAUAUCCGCCAGAACCCUGACCUAUACGAGCAGAAUUGCUUAGAUAGGAAUUACAAACCCCAAAGCACAUAUCCCUCACGUAUAAUUGAGCUAUUUGCCCAAUGGCAGACCCGACAACGAGAAGGCCGCAGCUUGCGCGAACGGGGCAACCUCCUUCGCCGACAAAUUGCGAACCCGGUCAGCUUGCAGCAUGAAGACGAGGAGAGUGGCUCUAACCCCACCGAGGCGACCGGCGAAGAAGACCAGGAAAUGACUAGAGAACAACUCAUAGAAGAAGCGCGCAUAAUUAAAGAAAAGCUUUCGUCUAUUGAGAAGGACGAGGCCCGUCUCGAGGCUCAAAUGACUGAGUUGGCUCUUGCGAUUCCGAAUUUAACUAGACCCGAGGCGCCCCGUGGUACGGAACCCCGUGUUCUGAGCUAUAUCAAUGAGCAUCCGGAGCCUGCCGCCUCGUCCUCCGACCGAGUUUGGAGGUCUCACGUGCACAUCGGCUCCGAGCUCGGGCUUCUGGACUUUGCCGGUGCCGCUACCGCCUCUGGCUGGGGUUGGUAUUAUCUACUGGAUGAGGGUGCGCAACUAGAGCAAGCUCUCGUGAGCUAUGCCCUAGCCGUUGUAACCAAACAAGGUCUCGGCUGGCACCGAGUUUCCCCACCUAGCAUUGUAUAUAGCCACAUCGCCGCAGCCUGUGGGUUUCAACCCCGCGACCCGAACGGCGAGCAACAAAUCUACAAUCUAAGCCAAUCCGCCGCCGAUGUCCAACGCGGUGUGCCAGAGCUCUGCCUCGCCGGCACCGCCGAGAUACCCCUUGCAGGAAUGAAAGCUGAUGCCCUACUUGAGGAGGCUGACCUCCCACUCAAGCACGUUGGCGUGUCGCGCAGCUACCGCGCGGAGGCUGGGGCCCGUGGCGUCGACACCAAGGGUUUAUACCGCGUACACGAGUUCACCAAGGUGGAGAUGUUCGCGUGGACGCCGCCCGACAUCGAUGCUACUACCGAGGUCUUCGACGAGAUGGUCGAUCUACAAACCGAGAUAUUACAGGGCUUAGGCCUAUCCUGCCGUGUUCUCGAGAUGCCAACGGCCGACCUCGGCGCCUCGGCCGCGCGCAAAUGCGAUAUCGAGGCCUUCUUUCCAAGUCGCCGUCGCGAUGGAGACGACGGCUGGGGUGAAGUUACAAGCGCGAGUAUAUGCACAGAUUACCAAGCUCGUCGUCUGGCCACGCGACUGAAAGGCAGCGCUGCUUCCGGCGGCAAGAUGGGGUAUCCCUGGACCGUCAACGGCACCGCGCUCGCCGUGCCCCGUGUUCUAGCUGCGCUGCUAGAGAAUGGCUGGGACGAAGGUGAGAUGAGCGUCGCUAUUCCGGAGUGUCUGCGUCCGUGGAUGGAUGGGAAGGAUCGCAUCGGUGCUAAACACCGCCGGAUCUGAGAGACGACGUCUACCGUGCCUACCUACUUAACCCAGUUGCAUACCUAGAUAUCCAGUAGGUAUCUAGGAUAUGUGAGAUAAUUUUGUGUCUAGGCAAAGGUAUUAUAUAUCCCAACUCUUUUUUAACCGUGUGUUUUCACGUAACGGUUGUUAUCAGUAAGGAACUUAGUGCCCCCUAGAUGGACGGGUGCUCUGACCAAAAAAAAAAAAAAAAAAAAAAAAAAAA